AUGAUCGGUAAUCCAAUACAAGAAAAUAAGAAACGUAUAGUAUGGAUUGAUGGUGGUAAUCAUGCACGAGAAUGGCCAGCGUUUCAUACUGUUGCAUUUUUUAUUAAUCAGCUUACAACAAAUUAUGGGAAAGAUCCGGAAAUUACGAAUUAUAUUGAUAAAUUGAAUUUUUAUAUACUUCCGAUACUUAAUCCGGAUGGUUUCGUCUUUUCUCGUACAUCAAAAUCUGCUUUGGUCAAAUAUUGGAGAAAAAACCGUGCCCCGAAAAAUUGUACCGGCAGCUUAGUGUUCCGAAAAAAUUUAUGCUGCGAAGGAGUUGAUCUUAAUCGAAAUUAUGAUUUCGAUUUCAAUCAAAAUCUCUAUCCAUUCAAUAAUUCAUGUUCAGAUCAAUAUCAAGGACCAUUUCCGUUCAGUGAACCAGAAUCACGAGCAGUACGAGAUUUUAUCACUUCAAAUGAAUUGCGGAAUAAAACGGAUGCAGUGAUAAGCAUGCAUAGCUACGGGCAAUUUAUCAUUCUUCCGUAUAAUCAUCGUCGUAAAACAUAUUCUAUCGACUACACUGAUUUGGUAGCUGUAGCUGAAAAGGCAAAAAAUGCAAUGAAAAAAUAUGGCGGACACGAAUAUAAUAUUGGUACUGCAGCCGAUAUGAUUGGCCCAGCAACCGGUAGUGCAACGGAUUGGAUUAAACAGAAUACGAAUGUCAAAUAUGUUUAUGUAUUUGAAUUAUCACCAGAAAAUAGAACAUGGUUUGCUUUUCAUGUUAAGCCUCAACGAUUAUUACCAAUUGCAACUGAAGCUUGGAAUGGUGUACGUGCUAUCAUUGAUCAAGUACUCAAAGAUAAUAAUCUAUAA